AUGGCCAAGAAUUCAAUGUCCGACUCUACUGUUAAAAUUGAAGUUAAAAUCGCGGCUUCCUAUGUUCCUUUAGUUGAAACUGAUUCUAUGGCAAUUACUAAUGAAAAUGAAAGAGAAGAAGAAGCUAAAAGGAUUGAUAAAGCCUUAGAUGACAACUUUGCAUUUGCUGAUUUUAGGAUCUUGAAAAAAUUGAUUUUGAAGUCGGAAUUGCAAAUUCUAAACUUGAUAAAUUAG